GCAGCGAUGGCUGGGGGUGUUGCUGCUGCUGCUGCACCACCGUCUCAGGCGGAGCUGUCCUUGUCGCCACUCAUCCGGAAGCUUCGUCAUCAACUGACUGAGAUUAGAGAACGAGCUCUUAAGAAUAUUUUGUGCAAAUUAGAUCACAAUUUGAUUACAUAUGCUGAUUUGGUUCAAGAAAAGCUGCUAUUUUUCAGUCUUUUAGAGUGGUUCAACUUUCCUAUAGUACCAAUGAAAGAAGAAGUUCUAAACUUAGUGAGCAACUUGGUGAAGCACCCAUCUGCUGUGGAGCAAUUGGUUGGAAUUGGAGCAGUGGAGUUCUUCUCUCAACUUCGUCCAAAUGUGGAGCCAAAUCUGCAGACUGUGAUUGAUGGGAUUCUGGAUGGACUAUUUGUUCUGCCUUCAGAAAUAUCUUCUGAUUAUCAGGCAAUGCCUUAUCAAGCUCAACCCUUGCCAACAGCAGCUAAUUCUGUAUUGCCCCGGGAACCUCAUGCUGGAUACUUUCAACAAGAGAAAAGUCAUUUACAAGAAACAGAAAUACCACCCAAACAGCCAGCGGUAAAACAUGGAGCGAAGUGCUUGAAGUUUUCUAUGUUUCCUUGGUUAUCCUUGACUACAACAGAUAGGCAUGUUCUUUCCUCAAGUGAAAGCUCACUGAGAAGCAAAAAUCACAAGUUAAUUUGGAAUACUUGUGAACUUCUGCAAGAUGUUAUCAUGCAAGACUUUCCUGCUGAGAUCUUUCUCCAGCGGCCAAAGAUUGUUCAGAGUCUUCUGUCUCUAACAACGCUGGCUCUUGGGAGAGAUGGACAACACCGCUUGGCCUUACAGGCUGUCUUAUGUCUGCAGCAGUUAUGUGUCUUCUUAAGGAACAGACUUAAUUUUCAUAGAGAUCCAAGUUUUGUCUCUACUGAAACAGGUACCAUUUCCCAGAAUUCUUCAGUGUCACAUGGCCACAAUGCCAGAAGACUCUCUCAUUCUCAGAAUCCAUCCCCUGGAAGUAGUAGUCCUCGACCAUCUGUGAUAGGACGUACAUGUCAACGUCCUAGAGGUGAUGGUCAAGAUUGGGAUGCAGCAUCUUCCAGCGGAAGCAGUUCUCAUGCUAACACAAAUUCCAGAAUAUCUGUUCCAUCACCUUUGGACAUGGGUCAUAUUGACUUGCCAGAACUGGAAAAUGAGGACACUUUGGAAUUACAAUUUCAACAGCUUAGUCUUGCUCAAUUCUGUGUAGCUGUUUUGGAAUAUGCUGUACCUCUUCUACGAACAGGUGGUAGGAGAGUAACCAUGCAAGUUCUGGAGUUGCUUGCUGAAGACCUUCUGCUUAUUGUUGAUGCCGUGUCUGAAGAUGUUUGGGAAGACAGCAGUCUCUUUGGGCUAGAACUUAAGGAAAAGCUGCUUGAAAUCCUAGAUUCAUUGGGGGAAACCAUUUCCUACCAUAACAGUAAUGCAAGUUCAGAGCAGCCCGAACUUUUGACAGUGCACCACAGAAUUGCAUUUGUUAGUGUUUCACUUUUCACAGUUCGAUUACUGCAAGCUCUUCUCCCUGUAGAGAAGGCCAGCCGUGUUUUACCAGAGAGUUUGCUGACCGCUUUAUUUGUCCUUUCCCUGGACAUGCCUUUCUCUUUGGAAUACCCAAGUAUUCAUGAAUCUGUCACCGCAUAUUUGGAACAAAUGAAUUCGGAAAAUUACAGCAUUUAUAAACAAGCUGCUGAUGCUGCAUAUUCAAUUGAGUGCACCUGUAACUUUAUGCUGGAUGUCCACAAGGAGGGAGAAAAAAAUCUUAUUGAUUUACUGGAGCUGGCAGAACAGGCCCUAAAAAGCCUUCCAUAUCAUCAAUAUUUUAUUUUACUUCAGGAAGUUAUCAACAUUUGUUCAGACAUCUGGAAGUCUGCCCAAGCCAGCCCAUUUCUGCAGGCUGAGAGUCAGAAGGUGCUCCUCCAUCUGUUGUCCCAUCCUCUGUUGAAUAUAAGAACUGAAGCUUAUCGCUGCUGCCUCAAAAUUGUUAAGGAAUGUUUAGGCAUUCAUAAUAUCUCUAAACCAGUUUCUUCAGUCAGCUGUGGAAUACAUUUCUUGCUUCAUCCCAAAGUUCUCUAUGAAAUCUGUAGUUUUGGCCUUCAAGACUCCCAACAUGAGGUAUGCUCAGCUGCCACGUUUGUACUGAUGUAUCUUCUUCAGAGCCGAUUGAUGAUGGCAGCAGUGACCUGGAACAAGUUUAUUGAGGCCCUUUAUCCUGUUGUUCCAAUUCUUCAGGGUUAUGCGGAUACUGAAGAACCUCUGGGUAACUGCAUCCUCACACUGAGUGAAACAACUGCUGAAAAAGAAGGGAUUCUCCCAAGAACUACUAGACUUAGGGCUGCCCUGCGUCUUCUGUUCUCGAAAAAACCAUUAGUUCGUUCCAUGGCACUGAAACAUUUAAUGUUUCAUCUUACGGUUGAAGAAGAGGCAAACCUGAAGCGCACACUACUGCAUGGUAGUGCCUUUUCCAGCAUUCCCAACUUACUUAUUGUGGAAAAGCCUAUAGAGCUCAAACUGGAUGAUGCAAAAGAGUCCGUUUUCAAGGCUGAAACAGUUGUUAAACUGUACAAUAUAUUUAUCUCUGACACUAUUGAUCUAGUUUUGAGGAAGUCUGCAGCUGAACAAUUAGCUGUGAUUAUGCAAGAUUCUAAAAUGCAUGACAUCAUCAAAAAUAUGGGUGUGAUAGACAGAAUACUUGCUUAUUUUACUGAAUGUGUUGACCGGGAUGGCAAGAUUAUGGACUGUAUGAUGUUGCCAUGUCUUAUGCUCUUACGGAAACUUGUAUAUGCAGACCCAGUGAAACGUCUUGCAUUGGCCUACCAGCCUUCUGUCUUGCUUAUGUUGCUUAGAGUUUCCUUGAUGUUCCAAGACUAUAAUGCUGUUGUGAGCGAAGUAGCAGCACUGCUUUCUCUACUACUGUUUGAUGAAGCAGCAAGAAAAGAGAUGUGGGCUGAUACUGUUCUCUGUGAUUCUAAUAGCGUUCUCCCCUUUAGUUUGCCUAUUGCUAUUGUGAGACGGUAUCAUCUACCUGUCAGAGUCUCUGCUUAUCAUGCUGUGAGCCCUAAUUCCGUAGUGUUACCAUUUUCUGGUGAACUCUGGGCCUUGAAACCUGUGUCAGACAUGCUUAAAAUGGCUUGGAACUUGUCUUGGUUCCAUGGAGUUGAUAACCUACUAAAACUCUCAAAUUAUGAGACAGGAGCAAAACAAUUUUUAGACACAUUAAAGCUCUCCUCGGAGGAUAUUAUUACACUGAAGAUGACACACGCAACCAGUGGACUGCAAGACUGUCUUAAUUCCAUCAUCCAAGCAGUGUCCCACAAGGAAGUUAGGGCUGCUGUCACAAGAAUGAAUUUUUAUAUUCUGAAUGACAGGCUGGCAUUAAUGUGCAGCAGUGGCCCUUGUGGGGCCACUUUGAAGUGCUUGGCUUGGCAAACAGCAUUAAGCAGAUUUCUUCAGGUGCUUCCAGCUUCUUCUGAAGAUGAGAAACUCCUGGCUGAUGUCAUAUGUUUUCUAAACAAGUUUCUAAAGGAACAGAAGGAUGCUUCGGAGGUAGAACACCUAAAAUGGAUCCUGGACGUAGUCCUGAAGAAUAAUCCAAAAUCUCUCCUAGAUCUUGUGGUGCAGCCAGAAUCCCAGGCACAAGUUGAAAUAGAUGACCUAAAGACUGCUGUUAGACAACAACUGCAGAAAGAAUUGAUUGCUUUCUUUAAUACACUUCUGCUCAGCUUCAUGUCUGCUUCUGACAGAAAGGAUCUAGAACUUACUGGCUAUUUCCGAACAGAACUAGCCCUGAAACUUCUGCAGUAUUUACGAGUAACAGAUGUCCCUCACUUCUACGGAUUACCUUCCUUGGAAAGAACAUUAAGAGCAAUGGUUCAUGUUACUGCACUCCCAGGUUGGAGUUCAUACUCUGUUUCAAUGGAGCCAUUCACAAUUUGCAAGAAAUACUUAGCAGGACUUCUUGAGGUCAUCUCAUCUUUCUAUGUUGAAUGGGGAGGAAACGCCAUGUCUUUCAUGGGGAAAGGUGUCACAAAGAGCACCGUCCUUUGUUUGCUUCACUUGUCCCAUGAAAUGAUGGUUCAGGCUCCAAAUACGGACUGGGUAUCUCUCUGGUUCUUUCCAUACAAUAACAGUGAAGAACAAAUUCUUUCUCGGCAAGGCUUGGCUUGGCUGAUUCCAUUAUGGGUAGAUAGAGACCCAGAGGUGAAGUUCACCUCACUUGCAAUAGGAUCAGCACUUACGUCACUUGAUGUAGGUUGCUUUGCUUUAGCUGAAAGCUGCCAGAACAUAUCAGGAGGCUUAUGGGGAACAGUGAUUAACAUCUUUCUGGACAAAACCGAAUGCAGCAUGGUCCGAAGAGAGGCUGCAUUUAUUCUUCAGAAUCUAUUGGUGAUCCCACUGCCCACUGAAGAGGUUAAAGACCCCAUUUGGCAGGGGCCUUGUGUGCAUGAUGAAGAAUCUGGUCUAUCUCUGACUGGGAAACCUGCCCUGCAGGCCUUGUUAUAUCACUGCCACUUCUAUGAACAGUUGAAUGAGAUGGUGAAUGAGUGCUACCUAGGUCGGUAUACAUUUGAUCUGAAUUGUUCCUUGGAAGACAGCCUGGCAGCAGAAAAGAAUAGUAUAAAUGAUUUUGAUGAUUCUCUCUCUUUUUUGAGAAUCCAGUCUAGUCAAAGCCAAUCUCCAAGUUCCCAGUCAACAUCUGACACUGUGAUCAUUUCAGCAUCACCAUCUAUGGGAUGUGGGGUGGAACUACAAGCAUCCACCUUGCCACCAAUUAGUAUUCGUGAAGUGCCAGCUAAUCGACUCACAGCUCAAGGUCAGAGUGACACAACCACAACAGCAUCUUCAAGUCCACAUGAUUCCCUACAGUCUAUCAUUAGACCUAAUCAGUGUGCAGUGGUCACACCUCCUCUCCUCUCAGCUGUGUGCAGCUUGCUGGACAACCUGCUGAUUGUCACUCCAAAAGACACUGGGAUUGCUCUUCAGCGAGCACAUACACUAACUGCUCUCAGUAGUAUGGUAAAUUCUGGCUUGAUAGAGAGAUGUGUCUUGGAAAUGAAAGCGCCUCUGCCUCAGCCAUCUCAUAUGCAGUAUGCAAAAAUCCAGAUUUUGUUUCUGCUGCAGUUUGUUUCAGCAUUGUCCCAACUCCUACGGUCAUGCUUGUUGGUAGAUACUCGUCUUGUGAUGCAAGAUGAGUUAUUGAUACCUCUCUUGGAAAAUACCUUUGUGGUUCUUUCCAUUAGUUCUAAGGAUGGCUUAGGGCCUGAGUUAUCAACUGCAGUUCACCAAACUUGGGAAGACUUAUUCAGUUUUUUGGCUACACUGUUAAGAAAAUGUGGCCAUACCACGCUACCAUCUGUGACUGCAGCCCUUGCAAAGCAUUGGACAACAGUAAUAGAUACAGUAUGUGAAUGCGUGCAUCUCUCCACCAGACAACCUAACUUGUACACGACCUGCUUAUACUUCCUUGCCAUCCUUUUUUCUGAAGAAGGAAAGAGAGAGCUCAGCAAUAAAGACAACGCUUGCUACCACCCAACAGUGGGUUUCCUCCUAGAUGAAGAUGAGAGGAGCCGACCAUCUGUAACCAAACUUUGUGAAUUAUUAAUUCAGAGCUAUGAAGGCAAAUCCUUUCAAGAUGUGCUGAAACGAGUUGCUGCAAGUGCUUUGCUUCCCCUUUUGGCUGUCAGUAAAAGUGCCCAGAAGUGUGCUUUGGAAGCUAAUCUCAUAGAGACCUGCUUGGAGCAGAUGAAACACAUUCAUGCACAAAUGAACCUUGAUUCCUUGAGGCCUGGAAAAGCAAUCCAAAGGAAAAGGGAUGAUAACCUCAGCAAAGAAUUAAAGCUUGUCAUGCAGCUCCUAAGAAAUUGCUUCUUUCGGAAUGAAUACUGCAAAGCAGCAGCUCGUGGAACUCACCUUACCUCUGUUUUCCAUUCUCUGUGGCCGUGGCUUUUAAUGGAUGACUCAUUGAUGCAAACAGCUCUGCAUUUGCUUUGUGUCUACACUGCAAACUAUCCUUCAGGCUGUGGCUCUCUGUGUGUAUCCAGUGGUGGAUUGUCUCCCCUUCAAACAGCCCAAAGAACUGCAGCUGGGAACUCGCUAAUGCAUAGCAUUGUGAAGUUAGCAUCUCAAACUCCAACUGAGAACAGUGUAAUUCAGCAGAUGACCUUUAAUCUACUGGCUAACCUAGUUGUAUCUCAUGACUGUAAAGGGGUUCUUCAGAAGAAUAACUUCCUGCAGAACUUCUUGUCACUGUCAUUGCCCAAAGGAGGAAAUAAAAGCCUUGGUGUGCCGGCUGUUGCUUGGCUAAAGCUCCUGUUGAAUUUAUCGUUUGGAGAAGAUGGGCAGCAAAUGAUUGUGAAGCUGAAUGGUAGCUUAGAUCAACUUAUAGAGAUGGCCAAGUUCAAGCACCGAAGUAAUCCAAACAUAAUCCUUCUGAUUCUGCACAACACCUGCUUUAGCCCAGCCAACAAACCAAAGAUACUAGCUAAUGAUAAAGCUAUUGCAUUGCUAUCGGCCUGUCUGGAAAGUGAUAGCCCUGUAGCUCAAAGAAUAGGAGCGUCUGCACUUUGGGCUUUGCUUCACAAUUAUCAGAAGGCAAAAGUGACUUUGAAGAAUCCAUCAAUCAAAAGAAGAAUAGAUGAAGCCUUUAUUUCAAUAAAGAAAACUCUCCGACAGCAACAAGAAAGCCAGCAGAAUGCCUAUCACUUAAAAUGUCUGGAAACCCUCAUGCAGCUUCUCAGCACUUAACAAAUGCAAUGUAAAUGCAGUGCAUGUCAUAGGACUGGUUUCUGUGAAAGGCACUAGAAACCAAAUAGAGUUUUAAAUUGAUCGUUCUGAGGAAAUUCGCCAUUGCGGAAGAAUGUUAAUUCUUUGGAUUAAUAUUUGAGGAUUCUGUGCAAAAAAAAUUACAAUGAAUGUAUUCAUUUUUCUAGAAACACAGUUCCAAUACUGUGGUGCUACAAGUGGCAGAUGGAAAAAUAGAAUGGAUUUUUAAUUAUGUAAAUUGUAAUUAUGUAAAUAUACUUUUCUCCACAAUGUUUGAGCUUGUAUAAAUAAAGAUGGUACGAAAAGGU